GUUGCAUUUGUUUGGUAAUAAGGUGCGUUGCUUGUUUAAAGACGGUGUAAAUGAAUGAAAGAAAUAAGACGGUGUGCAGAUUUGAAUAUGAUUGUUUUAAAGCGUAUUGGAAUACAUAAGAGCAAGAAUUUGAAUCACUGCAUGUGCAUACACACGUACAUAUGUUAAAUUCAUCUAAAAACGUUUUAAGUGCCGCGUAACAAUUCAAUUUUAAGCACCUUUAUUGCACUAAGUGAGACUAAUACAUACGUGGCUUGACAGCAAUAUACCAAUGCAUAUUGAAGAUUUGAAACGUAUAGGUUUAAUAUGACAUAUUAACUUACCUUACUAGUGUAGAAAAAAACAUUUGUACCUACCUACAAUAUUAAUAAUUAAGUGCCUUUACUCAAAUGUAUUAUUUUGAUAAUACUUUCAAAAUGUGGGAUGAUUGUGUUACAUGAAUGUUGAACAAUUCAAAACCUAAGUAAAUUAAUGAAAAUAAAGACUAUAUGUACAUAUAAAUGAACGCAUUAGCGAAAAUUGUUGGCGAAGAAAGUAUGGUAAAACUCCAUAUAUUAAAGCUGCCCAUCGCUGUAUACUGGAAUGAUUUAGUGAUCGGGUAGAUAUAUAUGACAACCGCCUGUCAGCCUGUAGGAAUCUCUCAGCUACGAAAUUAAAUUUGAUUAAUGUAAACAUCAUAUAUACUAUGCAGAUAUCCAAAGGAUGGCAAAAUCACGCAAUGCUCUCUAUGCCGCUGGAGUAACUUGUUUAGGAUUUCUUUGCUUUGCACUAGCUUCAGCUGCUAUAGGAAUACCUAUUUGGGGUUACUAUGAUAGUCCAACUGGGGGCUAUGAUUUCGAUCGAGGAUAUUUCGGUCUCUUCAAAGUUUGCAAACAGCUAACAUAUAACCGGGAAAAAUGUGGUAAUGAUGUUUCGAAAUUCAGAUUAUCCACUGUCGUUAACAUAAGUGGUCUAUUAACCAUCGUAAGCUCGGCAGCUCUAGGUAUUUUCUGUAUUCUUUCGAUAAUACAAAUAGCGAUGAUAUCCUCUCGUGAAAAAGUUGUAAUGCCUUAUAACACAUUGGUUAUAUUUAAGAUGAUAUUGGCGUUGAUAGCAUGUCUGUUGGCUACUAUCGCAACAGUAAUGUUUGCUCUGCAAAUUGAUGAUUCAGAAAAAUAUGGCUUUAAAAUUUCUCGAGGCAUAUCGUUUUAUUUACAGGUUGUAGUAAUCGCUUUAACUAUUGGACUUUUUCUUGCCGCUCUUUACGAUGUACUUUUCUCACGUCGGAUGGGCGGAGAUCCCACAAUGGUUGUUGACACUUCUUCACCGGCCAACGCCACAACGUACAACAAUCCUGGUUACAAAGAGUCACGUUCAAGGAACGGUGUUUCGGUAACUGAUGCAUCUGGCAGACCUUAUAGCGGUAUACGCAAUGGAGGAAGUGUCGCAUCUAUGUCCACAACAAUGACUAGCGUAUCAAACGGUUCAACAGUGGAAUCAUUAACACGUUCUCCGCUUCGCUCCAGUUUAAAGAAACCUCGCCCGCCUCGUGACCCUGCGUUAGGUAUUCCAAACCCUGGCUUUUCAGGAUCGGGAAGCUCACCUCCAAUGCACCGUAGUAGUAGUGUGAAAAAAGUUCGCAUUCAAACACAUAGCACAGAAGUGUGAGGUUUGAUUAGGAAUGAAUAUUGUAGGAUGAAAAAUGGUAAAAUGUCAGUAAACUGAAGGGAAUGGUAUUUUGACACUUUAUUGCGAUGUGCAAUGUGUCCAAAAAAAAAAUAUGUUGUAUGUCAGAAACAUACACAUUGCCAUACACCAUACCAUACAUAUAUGCACAUGUGUUAAUAA